AUGGAUGGGGAUGCAUACAAUGCUGGAGAAGAACUAUUUCCUGAAGAUGUUGCCAGUGAUGAGGACUCCAAUGAUUCCUUCAUGUUGAAACAGGGUGAUAAUGAUCUUGAAGGUGAUAUUAAUAAUAGCAUUGGUAAUAUUAACAGUAAUGAAAAUGAGAAGAAUCAUCAUAAUGAUAAUAAUAAUGAUGAUUAUGAUAGAGAUGGCGAAGAAGAAGAAGAAAACACAUGUAUCCCAUAUUUGGCCCCACAGUGGCGUUCAACAUUUGCUCAUGUUGCUAAUUAUACUGGAUCCAUGGCUGAGAAAAAAACAGGAUGCGUUAACAGUGAUGUUAUUCCUAAUAGUAAACAAGGUACACUUCCAGAAAUUUCUACAUUAACGGUUCCAAUAGAUGUGUCAAGUGAUACAAAUGAUAAUAAAAGUAUCCUGCAUGUUAAUCUGGAAAAACUUUUUGUAGAGUCUCUAUCCUCUGUUUCAUCUGAGUCAACACUUCCUAUUUGUAGUAUACUACUUCAGAAUCAUUUUGGUGUUGAAUCAGGUCAAUUCCGUCCCGGUCAACAAGAAGUGGCAUUAUCAAUCCUACAAGGACAUAAUACACUUGCGGUAUUUCCUACUGGAUGGGGUAAAAGUCUCUGCUAUCAGUUUCCAAUACUUGUACAUCGGAUGCUUUUUGAUGCGGAGUUAAAAAUAUGGGAACGUCAACAACGCACAGUAAAUCUCGAGACAGAUAAUAUGAAAGUAACAUCAACAAUAACAGAAGCAAAAUUAGUUUCACCACCAGAAUCCCGUUUUGCUCUUGUUGUAUCACCAUUAUUAUCACUUAUGUCUGAUCAAGCUGAAAAAAUAACGAAAAAUGGAAGUCUUCGAACAGCUGUUCUUUCUUCUGCUAAUUCAACUUCUCGUGAGAAAACCAUUUUGGACGAUUUAGCUUCACCAUUAUGUCCUAUUGACUUACUCUUUAUUUCACCUGAGAGACUUGUUCGUCAUACUGAACUUCGUAAUUUGCUUAAAAAAUAUAUACAUCGUAUUGCAUUUAUAUGUGUUGAUGAAGUUCAUUGUGUUUCUCAAUGGGCUUAUGAUUUUCGUCCUUCUUUUAUGUACUUGCAUCGUGUACUGGAAAACCUUACCAAUACGGACGGUAUAGCAAAUGUUAAAGGUAAAAAAAUUCCACCUUUUUUGUGUCUUACAGCAACAGCAGCACCAUCAGUUAUUAAUGAUUUACAAGCAGUUUUUCAUAUUAAUCGAACUGUUAUGGUACCCUAUCACCGUGAAAAUUUAAAACUUGAUUCUGUUCCACUUGUAGAGGAUGGAUGUAACAAACCCCCUACACAACGAAUGCUACAAGAAAAACUUUUACAAGCCGUUUUAGAGUUACCAAAACCAAUGCUAGUGUAUGUACAAACUCGUGUGGAUGCGGAAGAAUUAGCAACAUUUCUUACAUCAAAAUUAGGUGCCGCACAAAGUGGAAAAGAAAAGAAUGAUAAAAAUUCUUCUUCUUCUUCAACAUCAACAUCAACAUCUAUUUUUACAAGUUAUACACAUGAACAAAUACGAAAAAAUAAUGAUGUUGAAGGUGUUGAAGGAAAUCGUAUGGUUAUUAGAAGUUAUCAUGCAGCUAUUGAAAGACAUAUACGAAAUAGGACACAACAACAAUUUAUGCAGGGUAAUAUAGAUGUGUUAAUUGCUACAGUAGCAUUUGGUAUGGGUAUUGAUAAACCUAAUAUUCGUUCUGUCAUUCAUGCAUCUUUACCGAGUUCACUUGAAAGUUAUGUACAAGAAACUGGUCGUGCAGGUCGUGAUGGUAAAAUAUCUUUUUGUCGUCUUCUUUAUAAUCCUUUUGAUUAUUACACUUUACGUUCUCGUGCUUUAGCUACUUUUAUUUCUCCAGGAGAAAUGUUAGCUAUUGUGAAAUCUAUUCUUGCUAGCCCUAUAACUCAAGUAGGGGAAAAACUUGCUAUUGUAUCUGUAUCAAAGAUAGCAGAAGAACUUAUAUUAAGUGAAGAAACGGUUGAAACUGUACUAUUUAUGCUUUUAACUCAAGAAAAUGAAGUAUUACGUGAGUUACGUGGAACUAUUCCUAUUGGAUAUCGUAUAAUUCACACUACUUCAGAUAUUACUGCUAUUUCGGAUCCUUGUAUGAAACAACGAAAACGUGGACGUAAUGAUUCCUCCUCAUGUGGUGUGAGCAGUAUUCUUGCCCAGUUGGAGGAGCGGGAUGGUGUGCUGGAGCUCUGCCGGGGUGGUGGUCGCAUUGAGCACGUCGUGCUGGCGGCCAACGACCUCGGGAUGUCGCUGGCGGACCUUCAGUUCCGCCUGGACGAUCUCGUGCGGGGCGGCGGGGUGUCGCUGCGGGCGCUGGCGGCGGGGCACAUCGUGGUGCCCGGCGGGGGGUUCGGCGCCGACACGGCGGGGGUCGCCCGGCGGCUGUGGGACGCCCACCGCAGGCGGCACGAGGCCCAAUCGGCGGGACUCGCAGCGACCCUCGCGGUCCUCCGCCGGCCGACGCACGAGGCGGUGCGGGCGGCUCUCGAGGGGGGCGACACCCCCGACUGGCGGCCACCACCGCGGGGACUCACAAAGGUCGAAGCCGUGCAGGUCGCAAACGACUUUGUCGAUAAGAACCGCCCGCGGAUACGAUCUGUUUAUGAGGUGGUACGGGCGUUGCUUGGUGUAAUGCCCAAAUCUAUCACACGUCAUGGGAAGUACGCUGGGGAGCUGCCACUUAGUGUAAGUUGGUAUGUUGCCUCACCGUACUUUGGAAUGUUGCGGGAGUUUGAGAUGGAAUGGCUGCUGAAGGUACUCGCACCUCACAAUUUGGGUGAGGAGACAACCCCAGAUAACAGCGGUCGUUUACCGGUUGUAUAA